AUGGCUGAAAUUGUGGCAUUUCUGGAUGGACGUAUUUCUCAUUUUAAAUAUGAAAGUAGUGGUGUUGAACAAGAACGUAUAGGUCAUGAGCAUCGUGCAAAUGAAGGACAAGUAAAUGAACAAAUUGAAGAUCUGGGUCGAGAAAAUAAUCAAAGUCCUCGUGUCCGUGGUUGCUUUGGAUGGUGUUGAAAUUUCAUUAU